AGGGACUGUCUACACUCCCCAGAGGCUUGAGGGUGAUGGCCUCUUCCUGCAGGGGCUGCUGGGAUGGCUGUGACCAGUGGAGGUUUCAUUAUGUUGCAGACGGUGCUGCACUGUACCAUAUAAAGAAAUUCUAUGCUGAAGAAUCAGCCUCAGAAGCACUAUGGAAUAACAUCUCCAAUUAGCUUGACUCCUCCUAAGGAAAUAGAUUAUAUUUACACUCAGAAAUUAAUUGAAGCCAUGAAGCCAUUUGGAGUAUUUGAAGAUGAAGAAGAACUAAAUCACAGGCUGAUUGUUCUUGGUAAAUUGAAUAAAUUAGUCAAAGAAUGGAUUUCGGAACUCAGUGAGAGUAAGAACCUCCCACCUUCAGUUGUAGCAACUGUUGGUGGAAAAAUAUUCACAUUUGGCUCCUAUAGGCUUGGAGUACACACCAAAGGUGCUGACAUAGAUGCUCUUUGUGUUGCUCCUAGACAUGUGGAAAGAUCAGAUUUCUUUCAGUCAUUCUUUGAAAAGCUAAAGGUUCAAGAUGGAAUCAGGAACUUAAGAGCGAUAGAAGAUGCGUAUGUACCAGUUAUCAAGUUUGAAUUUGAUGGUAUUGAGAUUGAUCUUGUGUUUGCAAGACUGGCUGUACAGACUAUUUCUGAUAACUUGGAACUUCGAGAUGAUUCGCGUCUAAGAAGCCUGGAUAUAAGAUGUAUACGAAGCUUAAAUGGUUGCAGAGUUACUGAUGAAAUUCUGCAUUUAGUGCCACACAAGGAGAACUUCAGACUAACCCUUAGAGCAAUUAAACUGUGGGCAAAACGACGUGGUAUUUAUUCCAAUGUGUUGGGAUUUCUUGGUGGUGUUUCCUGGGCGAUGCUGGUAGCAAGAACAUGUCAGCUUUAUCCAAAUGCAUUGGCAUCUACUCUAGUUCACAAAUUCUUCCUAAUUUUUUCAAAAUGGGAAUGGCCAAAUCCUGUGUUGCUCAAACAACCUGAAGAUAGCAAUCUAAAUUUGCCAGUCUGGGACCCUAGGGUAAACCCAUCUGACCGAUAUCAUCUAAUGCCCAUAAUCACACCAGCCUAUCCGCAGCAGAACUCUACGUAUAAUGUGUCUACUUCAACACGAGCAGUAAUGGUAGAGGAGUUCAAGCAAGGUCUUGCUGUCACAGAUGAAAUUCUCCAAGGAAAAUCAGACUGGCCAAAACUCCUUGAACCCCCAAUCUUUUUUCAGAAGUACAAGCAUUAUAUUGUGUUGACUGCUAGUGCCUCUACUGAAGAGAAUCAUUUAGAAUGGGUUGGUCUAGUUGAAUCUAAAAUUCGUGUACUCGUUGGGAACUUGGAGAGAAAUGAAUUUAUAAACCUUGCACACGUUAAUCCUCAGUCUUUCCCUGGCAACAAGGAACAUUGCAAAGAGAGCAACUAUGUAUCCAUGUGGUUCCUUGGAAUAAUUUUUAGGAAAAUGGAAAAUGCAGAAAGUGUUAACAUUGACUUAACGUAUGAUAUACAAUCAUUCACAGAUACAGUUCAUAGGCAGGCAAAUAACAUCAAUAUGCUAAAAGACGGCAUGAAGAUUGAAGCAACUCAUGUGAAGAAAAAGCAACUGCAUUAUUAUUUGCCUGCUGAAAUUUUACAGAAAAGAAAGAAGCAAAGCAUACCAGACAUUGGUCGAAACAUUAGUGGACUUUCAUCCAAAAGGGCUUCAGUGGAUGUAAGCUCUUUGGAUGGUUCAAUGAACACAGACACAGGAACACGAUAUAGCUCCCCUCCCUUGUUAAACAGGAUCUCUAAAUUGGACAACUCUCUGAUAGAAACAGAAAGGAACACUGUACUUCAGAGAACCAGUGCUGCUACCAGUAGAGAGAAGUCAUUGAAUGUCACUAUGCCAUCAGUGCCUGUUAAAAGACUGCCCAUUCCAGUUAUUGGUUCAAAGACCGAGAUUGCAGGUACAACAAAAGCAGUGCUACCUCCAACUGGAUGCACCAUACCUACAGUAGUAGGACGAAAUGUGAUUUCUCGACUUAUUACACCUCCUCCUGCACAGGGACAACAGCUCCUAAAUGGAAUUUCAACUCUAAACUCUAAAAAUGCUGCACCUAAAAGACCUCAUUCACCUUCCUCAGAAGAAUGCACUAAAAGACUAAAAGAUAUAGAAAAGGUAAAAACACACUUCAAUAUGGAAUCAAAGGGAGAAAGAGUUGGAGAGAUGUAUAUAGAUAAACUCCAAAAGACUCUGCAGGAUAGCCUUGGAGGAGGGGAAUCCAUGCCUGUUCCAACUAUUGACACAUCAAGAUCACAGAGACUUGCCAGUAAAGAGCUACCAGAUUCAUCUUCUCCUGUUCCAACAAAUAACAUUCGUGUCAUUAAACAUUCCAUCAGACUGACCCUUAACCGGUAACUACAGGGCCUUUUCAGAUGCUGUAAGAUCGCCUGCUGACAAGCCACUGUCUACAAAAUCGUGGCUUUUGAGUCCUUUUUUAAAAAACAUUGCCUUUAGUUUAAAUAUUUGCUACUUCUGACUGAUCUACUUAUUUUGAACACCCUUCCAACAGCAGUCCUUGUUUUUUUUAAAAGUCUUGUGUUAUAAUCAUUGUCUUGAGCUGAAAAAAAUUGUUCUGAAAAAUACAAAAAAAAGUCCUGUGAUACCAUUUUUCUGAAUGUAUGUAAACAUGUUUACUUCAGUCACUGGAGCCACAUUCUGGUUAGAAGUGUGUGUAUGAAAGUCCUGGUAUUGUUUCUGCUUUCCUAAUAGUGUAGAUAUACAUUAUUUUGUGGACUUCAAUUAUUUUUUUUUCUGGUUUAGCACACGUUCUUUUCUACAUCUGUCACGCUGGUGCUCAGCAUCUAUAGCCAAUAGCUUUAUGGUAUUUAACACGUAGCCAGGCACUACCCAAGUUAUACAGACUGCCUCCCAUGGAGGCCCAAGAAAUCAAAUCUUAAUUUAAAAAUAAAAUUUCAACAAUUAAGGAUAUCUGCCAAGAUACUGAAAUGAUAGGAAUGUCUUAUGCUAUGAAAUCUGAUUCUUGUAAAUCUUGUUCUGAAACAGGCUUAGGACUUCUUCCAGUUUUCACUGGUUAAUUAAACGAAUUUCCCCACAGCAACAAAUUUCUUAUCCAAAAUACUUAAGACAUAGCUAAAUAUUGAAACUAGGAAAAACCUAUUGUGACAUUACGAUCUACUCAUUCUGCAGUUAUGCAGAACAAUUCUUCACUGAUUAGGCAUGCAGAAACAGAUAUUACUUUCAAUACAAUGCCUGAAAAUAUUUCCUUUUGAAUAACAAUGGUUACGGAACUCUGGCUUAGGACCAUUGCAGUCUUCAUGUAAACAAACAUAAUCGUCAUAAUACAGCUUACCCAGUUAAAUAGAGUGAAGUUUCAGGAGAAAAAUGCAUUUUCUACAAAGCAAAUCCUAGACUACAUAAUUUCCUCUUGUAAUUUAUUUAAUUCAAUGUUUUGUAAAUGGUCAUAUGUAUUUUUGUAUGUACUAUAAGAACAUCUUUUCAAAAAGAAAAGUUUAAAAACUUUACUGUUUCUUCUUCAGUCUACUUUUUUAACAUAGGUCAAAUCUUCUAAAAGCCCUUAACGCAAAAGCAUUUUGAAGAACAUAUGAAUAUAUACAAUACCUCUGUGUUUUGAAUAGAAUUCUAAUUUGCAGAUAUUCCUUAAUUGUAGUUUUCCUUCAGUACCACAGCUGUCAUUAGUCAGCUGUCUGAGGCAACCAGGAACACUAACAGUUUUGAGACUAACAUUAAAUAAAAUUUUACCAUGCAAUGUGUGCCUUCAUUAGAAAGUAGUAAAAGUAUAUACAGGAAAAGC